CACAAACGUCCCAACCGGGUGAUUCGCUAUCUCGACCUCUUUCCAUCUUCGGUCAGACCAGAUUGUCUUUAGUCUGUAACGAUCCAGCACUUCAACAAGGACAACAUAGAGCUGUACCAUCGGUGUCCUCUUUGAACUAGUGCCGUCGGCGAGCUAUCUCCAUCAUGGCCUUUCUGCAGUCGAUCAUCCUCGGUUCGACCUCUUUCCUCCUCGGACUCGUCUUUGUCUGUCAGAUCAUCGACAUCCCUCUCCUCUACCACACCCACCUCACGGAAGCUUCCCUCGAAUCUGCCUAUGCAUUCUACACGAUGUGGUACGACGCACCCAAGGCCGUCAAAGCGCUCUUGCACACCGCAUUAGGGAUCCCGUUGUUGGCCAUCGUCAGCAAACUGCACGGAUGGAGCGAGAGCGCGGUCUUCUUUGAUGGAAGCUGUUUGGUCUUACACAUGGCGUCGAUCGUCAUCUACUUGACGAUCCACGUACCGAACCUGCCCGUCUUUGUCAAAUCGUCAAACCUGUCUCCGGAUAUGCCGACCUAUACCGAGGAAGAAAAACAAGAAGCCGUCCGUGUACUCAGCGCCGGCAACGCCUUGGUCGGAUUCUGCCUUCUCGGAAUCAUCCUCAUGCAAGCCGGUCAGGAAUACGCUAAACGUCAAGAAGAAGCCGAGAUGCGCAAACUGGACGCUCGGACUGCCCGAGCGGGGGCUACUGCAGAGGGGGUCGUCGUCGGCGGGGAUGUUCAGGGCAAGAAGGAUCUGUAGGGGUUUGACGACGUGGGGCCGGCCGAAGGUGGCGCCCAAGCAAAGGGUCGCAGGGU